UUCAAGGCCUCAAAAACAUCUCAGACAAACACAAUUUGGAGAUAACGGUCAUUACAUUUGCGAAUGGGUAAUGCAAAAAGCAAGGACGGUGAACAUCAACUAGAAGAGGUCGUUCCUACAGGUCAGAUUAGCGGUACAAAUCAUGAAGAAUACAAUGCAACCUUGAUUCCCUUUGAUGAACUAGAUGGAGCUAAUUACGCGACGGAACCCGCCCCUUCUAGCGAGACAAAUAUUAAAGAAUCUAAUUCAAGCAUCGUAAACGUAUCUGGAAAUGUUGACCCAAUAUACACGACGGAAACAGCCCCUACGAGCGAGACAAAUUUUAAAGAAUCUAGGGCAAGCAUCGUAAACGUAUCUGAAAAUGUUGACCCACGAUACACGACGGAAACAGAAUGGUUGAGGGUUGGGUACCAUGCUGAUGGUCAAACUGAACCGGCUAAUCUGACUGAGCUAAAAGUUGACACAGAAGACGUCAUUGCUUCCAAACAUCAUGAAACUAUAACAUUCAAUAUUGAAUGCAAAAAAUACGCGGAUAAUGCAAGGGCGGAGUACAAUGCAAGGAAACGUGCAGCUUAUCGGAUUAAACGAAAUCAGGAUAUUAUCAGCUCACAAAAUGAGAAUCAGCCGGUAGUUGGAAAAUCUGAUCAUAGGGAUCAUAUCAACGCUCGUAGGCGGGCUGCUUAUCGCAACAAGUUGUCGGAUGUUUUGGGUAACCAACAAGUCAUUGGGAAGUCUGCCAGUCGCCAGUCUCUAUCAGAUAUCACAAAUGUUCUCGAAAAUAGGGAGAGUACUAAACCUAAUGUCCAAGAUGUAAAUGCACUUGCCCCUCAAUCCUCAGACAACCCAGCUAACUCUAACUAUCCGGCAUUGUCGCAUGAUGCGUCAACGUUUUCUAUUUCAACUGCGGGUCUUUCUGGUCUCGUUAAUGAGAAUGAAAGUCAAGUAGCAAACCAGUAUUACACCCAAGAAACAGAGGAUAGAACGGAGGCAGAACGCAAGAGAGACCAUAGAAACGCACUGAGAAGGGCCUCCUAUCGACGGAAAAAACUACCUAAUGUCCUAGAUGGAAAUGCAAAGACCCUUGUGGUUACAGACAACCCAACCAGCUUGGAGUCGUUUCCAAGUUCAAAUACGUUGUCAACUGUAACCAUCUGUGACACGGAGCAUCAAGACACCCAAGAAGCAGAUGAUAAAACGGAAGCUGAACGCAAGAGAGACCAUAGAAACGCCCUCAGGAGGGCUUCCUAUCUGCGGAAGAAACAAUCUACCGUACAAGUUGAACAUGCACACAACCUGCGUUUAUCAGGCACCCACACUGGCUCUAACUAUACAUCAUUGUCGAAUGAUGCGUCGGCACUUCCUGAUUCAACGGAGGUCUCGACUGGGAUCGUUAAUGACAUAGAGCUACAAGACGGGAUAUUGAAUGACAUACACGAAACAAAUGAAAGAACUGAAGAAGAACGCAAGAGAGACCAUAGAAACGCCCUAAGGCGAGCUGCUUAUAGGAGGAACAAGGAUAAGCGAAUCCAUGAUCGAAACAAUAAUGCAUCUGCUACUUCAGGAAACCCCUGUCAGUGUGGUGGAACCAUCUUUCUGUGGUUCUUACACUGAAUCUGAGCCGACGUGCAUGAUGCAUCAUUAGAGGCCGAAGAAGAUGGUGGCUUUUGAAGGUGCUUUGACUGGGAGGCGAUUCCUGGGUUGUCCUGUGCAGCAGGAUGUAGGUGUGAACUGUGGGGUUGUGGAGUGGGUGGAUGGUCCUUGGCCAGAGAUUCUACAAAGGUGCCUAACAAGGAUUUGGGACAUGUACCAUGAGCAGAACUUGGGGAGGGUGAAGGACAAACAAGCCCAUGAGAAAGAGGUGGCCAAGCUACAGAAGGAAAUUGAUUUCCUGUCAAACAACUACAGCCAGUUGGUGGAAGAUGUAUCCAAGCUUUUUGACUAUCAAGAUGGCAAGAUGUCUCAUGACAUGGACUAUACCAGUCAGGCAAUCAAUGAUCUAAAUGCAAAGAAGAAACAACUUGAGGAUCAAGCAAAGAUUGAGAUAAGUGUGGAAAAGAUGAAGCUUGCCAAGGAACAAAGGUGCAUUCUUCGAAGUCAAGCAGAUAUCAUUCAGAACAUGAGGAAGACCAUGAAGGAAGUGGAGGGGGACAAGGACCUACUUAAGCAAGAGAAGAAGAAGCUGGAGUAUUUGAUUGCUGAUCUGGUCAAUGCUGGGCAUGCCAGCAAAGAUAAGCUGGAGAGGAUCAAUGCAAUUAUGAAUGAGUGAAGUGCUUGGUGUGUGGGUUAAGUAAUUAAUAGGCCUAUAUAUAUAGCUGGCCUUGGAAUGUCAUGCAUGUUAGGUGUAUAUUUUGGGAAAGUUUCAUGUGCUUUCAGAAUGGUAUGAGGGAGGGAGGUACUCUUAUGGUUUAAGAACUAGUUGGUUUUCUAUGAUGUAAUGACUUUUAUGU